AUGCAGAAGAUGAAGCAGGUCAGCCUCUCUCCGGACAACACUACUGCUGCAAUCGUACUCGCCGGCAACUCCAUCGUCAGCGCCAACACGGAUGAGCGCAGUGAUCUAUUCUGGGCUUUCAAAGGCGGCGGACCCAAUUUUGGCAUCUUCACCAGAUUCGACCUGUACACGGCCCCCGUCAGCGAUGUGUGGUCCCAACUGUCCCUAUUCUCCCCUGACCAAGCUUCCCAGAUGUUGGAUGCAUUUGCGCAGUGGCAGAGCAGCGAGGACUUUGACAUCAAGUCUUCGGUCACACUCUCGAUAGGUCUGGACUUCAUCACACUGGGGCUGCUGUACUCAACGCCGGCGGAGAGCCCCAGCGUGUUUGCACCAUUCUACCUGCUGGAGCCGUUGCAAGUACUUGCGCCAGCGGCCAACGGGACAAUGUCCCAGAUAUAUGAUGCGGCAGCCAGUAUCGUCACAAGCGGAUCGCGACGUCAUGGUUACAGGGCAGCGAGCUCGCAAGUCGACGGUAAGCUCUGCAAGUCCGUUCACAGUCUCGGGCGGGAGCAGGCGCUGAAAGUCAGGGAGACCACCGGGGCAAACCAGACAUUCGCUUUACGGCAUGUUUCCAGAAGCCUUGUCUCAAAGGGCAUCGAGAGAGGCGGGAACCCCAUGGGUAUUCCGGUUGAAAACCAUCAGUGGUGGAUCACACUAGCGGACUGGGUAGAGGCAGAAGACGACGACCUUGUGCGGUCGGUCGCUAUUGAGACGGCAGACUUGUAG